AUGAGCAGAUUGGGGAAGUUAAACGCUUCUCCCUGGGCUGUGAAGAAGAUCAACAGCAAGUGUGCCACCAAGCAGCUGGCGGUCUACCAGAGGCGCCUGAACGAGGAGGCCAAGGUCCUGAAAGGAAUCGAUCAUCCAAACAUUGUUGGGUUUCGUGCCUUCGCCACGGCCAAAGAUGGAUCCAAGUGUCUGGCGAUGGAGUACGGAGGAGAGCAGUCCCUCAACGACCUGAUCGAGAAGAGGAAGGAGGACGGCCUGGACGCGUUCCCCGCUGCCAACAUAGAGAAGGUCGCGCUGCAUGUUGCUCGUGGCCUUCAGUAUCUCCACAACGAGAAGAAGCUGCUGCACGGCGACAUGAAGUCAUGCAACGUGGUCAUUAAGGGCGACUUUGAGAGCGUCAAGAUCUGCGACGUUGGCGUGUCUCUGCAGCUCGACGAGAACAUGAAAGUGUCCGACCCGAAGGCGGAGUACAUCGGCACGGAGCCGUGGAGACCGAAGGAGACCCUGGAGGAGGGGGGGCAGAUCACGGACAAGGCGGACGUCUUCGCCUACGGUCUGACUCUGUGGGAGAUGAUGACGCUCGCCAUGCCUCACCUGGAGAUGCUCCAGGAGGACGACGAUGAGGAGGAGGAGGAAGACGAUGAAGGUGAGACUCUGGGGCCUCCGUGUUGUGGUGGUGGCGGUCUAACCGUGGUCUGA